AUGGAAACUCAAUACGUAGAUGAUUUCAACGAAACGGAAGAGGCGUAUGAUAAUAAUUACGAAGAAUGCAUGCAGAGCCCAGUUAAGAAGAUCACUAAAAAAAGAGAGACGUCUCUACUCGUCCGGUCCGAGGGGUCGCAACCGCAGGCGAAUGACCCCUGGGGGCAUUUCGCCAGAGCGCCAGCUCUAUAUGAAUUUAAUGAUAUUGCUACUCGUGCUCGUCCUCUAUCGCCGAAGCAAAAAAAGAAGUACCAAGGACUUCUGACUUUGCAUCCAGACAAGCUGAUGUUUGGAACAAUUGAAGAUUAUUGCUCGUAUAAAAAAGCUUGGAGCCUAACUGCAAACGCUAAUGAUUGGCUAAAAUGUGAACUAACUUUUUUCGCUUCCAUUCCUGAACUCGACAGUCGGAGCACAGCAACGAUGGAGGCGCUUCUCGCUGAAAAUGCGCUGCUACGUCAGCAGGUCCAACAGCUAGAAGCCCAACUCACCCACGCGCAGGACCAACUCACCCACGCGCAGGACCACGCGCAGGACCAACUCACCCGAGCGCAGGCGCUGCUGGAUAGUGAGCGCCAAGAACGCGCUGAAGACCUUCGCAGCCACCGCCGCGAGAGACUGGCUCUCAUCAACGAUAUCGGCGGGAGGGUUGAUGGUCUUCUAACCACGCAUAAUGAAACGAAGGACGCUAUCAUUGACCGUUUGGAUACACUAGAAGGCAAACUCACCGACCCGCCAUCACCUCCGAAGACCCAUGGCUUUGCAAUUACCUCACGAGCUCUCGCCGGUGACCUCCAAGAGCUCAGGUUUAUCGCUGGCCAAGCCAGCUAUGUAGAGCGACGGAUUAAUCAGGUUGAAGGCGAUGAGGAGGUGAUUGUACCAUUCACCAUGGACGGCAAUCCGAUUGAUUUACGGAAUAAUUUUCAGAAGGAAGCUACACGGUCAGUCCGGGCAAAUAUUGGUCGGGGCAGGAGGAAGCGGGCGCGAGAGGAAUCGAGUUCAAGUGUUGCAGGUCGAAAGUCAGCCAAGACCUCAUCGAAGACAUUAUUAACCGAGUCCUACUUGACUGCAUUGCGACGACGCCGUCAAAUAGAGCCUCGCCGCUCUUCAACAUUCGCGCACUAG